CCUCGUCACAACUUUCCGAUAACUUUCGUAAUUUAAUACGUACCGCAGAUUUCAGACAAAUUUCGUUAAUUUUUUGAAAGAAGAACUAAAUCCAUUUGUACGCAGUUUAUUGACAAUUAAGAGUUUUUUUAAUGAUGUUUUAGAAUUGUGUAAGAAGAGUUUGAAACUGACUUCAUGUAUAGAAGAUUAGAAGAGUAAAAGGAUGAAGCUUACCAGAAUACCUUUCUACUUGAAAAAAAUCGUCUUAUAGACCUUCACUGAUAUAUAAAAUGAAAAAGUUAAAAGGCAAGAAAUGUGCAUGGGUUAGGGUUGUGUAAACAAUUUCCAAUGCCGGACCCGAAAGAAAGCGUGUGGUAGACAAUGCAGAGCCUCCUCGGUGCGGCUACUACGUUGGCGAUACUACAGAUACUACUGUCAAUAACUGCCGUCGGCGGCGUCAGCUGGGAGGAAUGGUGGACCUACGACGGGAUCUCAGGUCCUGCUUUCUGGGGCUUGAUCAACCCGGAAUGGUCGCUGUGCAACAAAGGUCGGCGGCAAUCGCCGGUCAACCUCGAACCAGAGAAGCUGCUCUUCGACCCCAAUCUACGCUUUUUACACAUAGAUAAACAUAGGAUAAACGGUUUAAUAAGCAAUACGGGACACUCUGUGAUCUUCACUGUGGAAAACGAAACUCGACACCACAUCAACAUCACCGGAGGUCCCCUCUCAUAUAAAUACCAGUUCCAUGAAAUCCACAUACAUUACGGACUACAUGACCAGUUUGGAUCGGAGCAUGCUGUCAAUGGAUAUUCUUUUCCAGCUGAAAUUCAAAUAUUUGGUUUCAACUCACAGCUUUAUUCGAACUUCUCGGAGGCGCUACAUAAAGCUCAAGGAAUUGUUUCCAUUUCCCUAUUGUUACAGCUUGGGGAUCUAUCAAAUCCGGAGUUAAGGAUAUUGACAGAAGAAUUAGAAAAUAUUAAAUACGGAGGAGCAGAAAUGCCAGUAAACAAAUUAUCGGUCCGAGGUCUGCUGCCUGAUACGGAAUACUAUAUGACGUACGACGGGUCCACAACGGCGCCAGCCUGCUUCGAAACCGUCACGUGGGUCAUCAUUAACAAACCCAUUUACAUCACUAAACAGCAGUUACACGCGUUGCGGCGUCUGAUGCAAGGUGAUUCGCGACAUCCCAAAGCGCCCCUCGGCAACAACUUCAGACCGCCACAACCGCUGCAUCACCGCGCAGUGCGAACCAACAUCGACUUUGACUUAAGCAAGUACCCUGGAAAAACUUGCCCAAGUAUGCAUCGGAAUAUGCAUUAUAAAGCCAAGAGCUGGACACAAUAUUGAAGAUUGAAUUAUGAAAUGGUAGGCAUUCAUGUAAAUUUAAACUUAGUGGCUAUGUAGGAAAAUGUAUGAUUGAUAUAGAAAUAUUAAAAAUUGUAAAUAAUACUUCUUGUACAGUCCCGUUGAUAUAUCUUGCUUAUUAUAAAUGAAGCUAAAAUGUGUAUUUUUAAAUAGUUAAGUAAUUACUGAAGUGUAAGAAGUACAGUAAAUGUAAUAUUAUAAUUAGACUUCCUGUAGGCAAUUAUUGUUAUUAUUUAAUUCGUAACUAUUUGUAUUUUAUAACGGCCUCUUAAGGUAGGUUUACAUACAUAAAUAUUUUCGGAUAGAUUGUUACCAUAUUAUUCUCGCUGUCAAUACAUAGGUACCUUAAUGAGUAGUAUAUAGUAUUCGCGAGUAUAUCAUAAAAUAAACGGUUUUGUAUCCUGUGUAACAGUAGAUUCUAUAAGAUAAUGUUCUCGUAUAUAUCGUUUUUUGUUUAUUGUGUUUUCUUUAGAGAAACGUAUUGUGGAACGUUAUUUUUUCAGACGAAAGGAGUCGGUAGUGUGAUCUAUUAGACAUGUUUACUCGUGUAGGCUCAGUUAUGACAUUGUUAGUUCAAUUAAAUGAGACAUAAUCAUAUCAAGUUAAACAUAUUAUUAUGUAUGUGUAUGACGUUGGUUAAGAGAACCUUUCGCCUGUUCUUAACCUUAACGCUGUAAGACAUGUAUAGCUUUAAUAUCUUAGAAGAAAUCCUUGCAUAGCAACGUUAAAGAAAUCCUCGAUAACAAAUAGGAUAUCUCAGCUUUCUUGUAAGGUCCGUUAUUAAUAAAUUAUUAUUUGAAUAAAUAUCU